UCCAUUUCUCUCCCGGCCAUGGUCUUCAAAGUUCAAACCGAUCAGUGAUAAGAUAAGCCCCAACUGAACUCGAACUGUGUCCUCUCUUCUUCCCCCGCGAGCUCUGAAAUUCUGCCAUGGAAGCCUCUCUUCUAAGCUUUCCCACCUCCAAACCCCCACCAUCUUCUCAAUUUCUAACCCUAAAUCGACMCACAAAUCCUCUAUCCUUCUCUCCCUUCCGCCAUUCCCCGCACCAGGGCCGCCAUCACCACUGCCUCAAGAUCAGCGCCGCCAUUUCCCGCUCCAAGAAGGAGGAAACCAUCGAUACAGUCAAGCAACAGCUCGAGAACUGCUAUCUAUUGGCCGGAAUCAAGUACAAGGGCUUCACCGUCCAGCAAUUUCAAGAACUCCGUCGAUCUCUCCCCGAAACCUCCAAACUCAUCGUCGCCAAAAACACGCUCGUUCUCAAGGCGAUUGAGGGGACCUCUUGGGAAGCCCUAAAGCCCUGUAUGAAGGGCAUGAACGUCUGGCUAUUUGUCCACUCCGAGGAGAUUCCGGCCGCCAUCAAGCCCUACAGGGAUUUCCAGAAGGAGAAGAAGCUCGAGGAUAAUGAUUUCACCGGCGCGGUUUUCGAGGGGAAGUAUUACGGGCCGGAUGAUUUCAAGGCACUGGAGACAAUGCCGUCCAGGGCGGAGGUGUAUGCCAAAAUGUUGGGCCUGUUGAACGGUCCGGCGUCGAGCUUGGUCGGAACGAUACAGGCUCCGGCGAGGGAAUUGUUGAUGGUUUUGAAGGCUUACGUGCAGAAAUUGGAGGAGCAGGGCGGCGGCGGCGGGCAGUAAUGUACAUAGAAGAAGAGCUUCAAUUUUAAGCUGUAAGUUUAUAUGAAAACCCCUUCAAUUAGCUGACUGCAGCCGAAUGUAUGGUUGAUUUUCUGGUUUUUUUUUUGUCUUUUAGUGUUAUCAAUUUCAAGUAAUUAUGAGGAGAAAUAGAAACUCUUAUGAGAACGGGCAUUGUAGAAUUGGUGUAAAGUUUAAAUUCUUUCAAGUAAUUGAUAUUCAAGCAUAAUGACCAAUCUAUUAGGCUCUUC